CCAGGAUCUGUGUGAAGUGGACUAAGGAUUUAGUAGGAUGUCAACUGAGACAGAACUUCAAGUAGCUGUGAAAACCAGCGCCAAGAAAGAUUCCAGAAAGAAAGGUCAGGAUCGCAGUGAAGCCACUUUGAUAAAGAGGUUUAAAGGUGAAGGGGUCCGGUACAAGGCCAAACUGAUCGGGAUUGAUGAGGUUUCCGCAGCUCGGGGAGACAAGUUAUGCCAAGACUCCAUGAUGAAACUCAAGGGCGUUGUUGCUGGCGCUCGUUCCAAAGGAGAACACAAACAGAAAAUCUUUUUAACCAUCUCCUUUGGAGGAAUCAAAAUCUUUGAUGAGAAGACAGGGGCCCUUCAGCAGCAUCAUGCUGUUCACGAAAUUUCCUACAUCGCCAAGGAUAUCACAGAUCACCGGGCCUUCGGAUACGUUUGUGGGAAGGAAGGGAAUCACAGAUUUGUGGCCAUAAAAACAGCCCAGGCGGCUGAACCCGUUAUUCUGGACUUGAGAGAUCUCUUUCAACUUAUUUAUGAAUUGAAGCAAAGAGAAGAAUUGGAAAAAAAGGCACAAAAGGACAAGCAAUGCGAACAAGCUGUGUAUCAGACAAUUCUGGAAGAGGAUGUUGAAGAUCCUGUAUACCAGUACAUUGUGUUUGAGGCUGGACACGAGCCAAUCCGUGAUCCCGAAAUGGAAGAAAACAUUUAUCAGGUUCCCACCAGCCAAAAGAAGGAAGGUGUUUAUGAUGUGCCAAAAAGUCAACCUGUAAGUGCUGUGACCCAGUUAGAACUUUUUGGGGACAUGUCCACCCCUCCUGAUAUAACCUCUCCCCCCACUCCUGCAACUCCAGGUGAUGCCUUUAUCCCGUCUUCAUCUCAGACACUUCCGGCGAGUGCAGACAUGUUUGGUUCUGUACCUUUCGGCACUGCUGCUGUACCCUCAGGUUAUGUUGCAAUGGGCGCCGUCCUCCCAUCCUUCUGGGGCCAGCAGCCCCUUGUCCAACAGCAGAUCGCCAUGGGUGCUCAGCCAGCAGUCGCUCAGGUGAUGCCAGGGGCUCAGCCCAUCGCAUGGGGCCAGCCGGGUCUCUUCCCUGCCACUCAGCAGCCCUGGCCCACCGUGGCCGGGCAGUUUCCGCCAGCCGCCUUCAUGCCCACACAAACUGUUAUGCCUUUGCCAGCUGCCAUGUUCCAAGGUCCCCUCACCCCCCUUGCAACCGUCCCAGCCACGGGUGACUCCGCCAGGUCAAGUCCACAGACCGACAAGCCCAGGCAGAAAAUGGGGAAAGAAAUGUUUAAGGAUUUCCAGAUGGCCCAGCCUCCACCCGUGCCCUCCCGCAAACCUGACCAGCCCUCCCUCACCUGCACCUCAGAGGCCUUCUCCAGUUACUUCAACAAAGUCGGGGUGGCACAGGAUACAGACGACUGUGAUGACUUUGACAUCUCCCAGUUGAAUUUGACUCCUGUGACUUCUACUACACCAUCGACCAACUCACCUCCAACCCCAGCCCCUAGACAGAGCUCUCCAUCCAAAUCAUCUGCAUCCCACGCCAGUGAUCCGACCACCGAUGACAUCUUUGAAGAGGGCUUUGAAAGUCCCAGCAAAAGUGAAGAGCAAGAAGCUCCUGAUGGGUCACAGGCCUCAUCCAACAGUGAUCCCUUUGGUGAGCCCAGUGGUGAUAAUAUAAGUCCACAGGCCGGUAGCUAGAUAGCACAGGUCUGGGAGCUGGAGCCUCUUUAUGCGCAGAUCAACA